CUUUUAUGGCUCAAAGAAAAGAAGAUCCACUUGUUAUCUCUACACCUUGGUGGAGUGACCAAGUAUUGACACCCACCCAUACAAGCCAUAAAGACUUUGUGCUUAUUAGUGAAUUUUCGGAGCUAGAAGGUCCAUUACCUUUGGCUGUAGUGACAGGCACAUCCUACCUUGACUUAAAGCACUAUACAGACAAGACAAACUCGUCUUUUAUGAAUCAAGAACUCUACAGUCUUGGUCUCGAAUCAUUUGAUUUUAAUGCGUUUGUCUUGCGUGUCGUGUCUGUGGACCGAAGUACAGAAUUUGAGUAAAUAACAAACAACGAUAACUACUCGACUAAGAUAAAUAUGAAUAGACAAAUGGAUGAAACAUCGUCUUUAUUUGAAGAUUCCAUCAUUCAACAACUACAACAAAAGCAACCGGGUGUUUUCUCAAUCCCUGAUGAUACACAGAUUUAUUUUAUAGAUUCUGAACAUCAUUUUUUUACAUUUACACAUCAUUUAACUUUGUUUGAUAUCAAUGCAAGAGGUUAUGUACAUCCUGUUGCACUUUCUUAUAUCACAAGAGAUCCUGAUAAAAUUGUACUUCGUUUUGAGGAAUUAAUGGAGAAGUUUAAUGAAGUGUCUGUUAAAAUGAAAAGAGGCAAUUACUCCAACUUCACUUUGGAUUUGAGAUGCAGACUGUUGGAUUUAGAACACACACAACUCAUCCUCCAAAACAAGGUGGCUGAUAAACCCGCUUUAUCUACUCAGGCUAUUCAACAGACUAUUGCAGCCACGAAAUUAAUGAUUGAUACCCUUGAAUCCAGCACAAGCCAAAUGAACAACUUAUCAAAAGAUACCACACCUCAAGGCUCUGUUGAACCACCUAAAGAUUACAAGCCAAAAUGCAUUGAUACACUCUAUCCUGUACCUCAUUUUGAACGCAAAUUACGUUCAUUGGCACAACUCUGCCAGGAACCUGACAAAAACGAUCCCAACAGAAGGAAAUCCAUCACUCAGAAUACAGCCACCAUGAUUCCACUUGUGUUCUCCAUGAUGGAAGCCCAACAGACAAAUUUACCUAUCCAUAGUCGUACUACAUUAGCCAAUACAAUCAUGCACAAUAUGUAUGCAGAGACAAUCAAGUCUAUUCAGGACAUUGCACAUCAUUUUGGUAAAAGUAGUGUUAUAUUGGAUGUAGAGGAUGAAGAGAAAUUGUUUGUAGAUCCUGUUUCUUCUGCCUUGACAAUUGGAAGAACACUCAUGUUAAACAUGGACAACCCUCAACCUAGAGUACAUGAAGAGCAGCAUCUCGUCAAGGAAGAAGGAUCAACUAUGGAUAUGAAGCGAACAGAUACAGAAUAUUCAGUGAACGAUAUGCCUUUAAGCACAACUCUACUUUCGAUAGACAAACCAACUGAAGAAGAAGAAGAAGCAUUGUACUAUCCUAUCUUGUUUUCUCCAUUACAACUAUGGAAAUCAUCCAGUACAAACCUACUUAAAGUACUUGCCCAAUAUCAAUCACUCAUUGUGGAUGUCAUCUUUUCUCUAUUGAUUGGUCGAACUGUCCUUAUUCAAGGAAGUACGCAGAAUAAAGGAAAAGUACAACAAGUCGUAAGAGCAUUGUCUGUGUUUGUACCUGGACAGCAUAAAGAAAGACAUCAAAUUAUUGAUUGGUUUGAUAGUGCAAGACUGACACAAUCGCAUAUUGCCAGUAUGAAACUCGUAGGCAUCAAUAAAGACAACCUUGAUCCAAGCAUUCAUGUCGACAGUAGUUGUGUGCUUGAUAUUGAUAUCAAGAAUGGAUCCUUAAACUCAAGUCCGGUUUAUGUAGAAGGACAAUGGAUCAAUCAACUAUUGGAUCGGAUGAUGCUAUUUACAUCUGAUGAAUCCUAUCUUGCUUAUUUACAUACAGUAUUCAUGAACAUGUCUUUAAAAGCAUUUAUCUAUCAUCAUUUAUACCUUUGCAAUGAAUUCGAUAUAGACGAAGAUGAAGGACAAUCUUCUACAAGCAAAGGAUACUUGUCAGAAACAAAUUCAGAAAGUAGUACACUCAGUCGAAAAUGGAGUAUUCGGCUUAUGAACUAUUUAAAGAAACAUGAAGAUCAAGACACCGAUACGGUAUCUGCGACUGAAUCUGAAGAUCAUUCAGAAGAAAAUCAAGCGACUGUUACUUUACAAGAUAUCAUUGGCCAAAAGUCAACAGGCAACUCGGAUAAACCACGUACGAUUGUAGGUUUAUUUGAUAGAGACAGUAGCAGUGAAGAAGACGAUACUUCUUUAAAUUUCGAUAUGCAUGAUUUAGCAAUACAGCAAUUGGAUAGUGACUCAAGCAGCAGUGACGAAGACAACACACCUGUCCGUAAAGGGAAAAAACAUCGAUUUCGAAAGAAUUCGGAUAUUGGACCAGACGGCGUUUCUUUAACCGAAAGAAGAGGCAGAAGGUAUUUACAAGAUAAACUAAAAGUUUAUGGUGAUGAUCAAACCAUUGUUGUGUAUUUGGCCACAUGUGUGUUGUAAUCUUCAAUUUCUGUGAGAAAUAAAUGACUCGGG